CUAAUUUUCCAUACGAUUUUGACAUUUGACAACUUUUCCACUAUUUAAGCACGUGUUAAACCCUUUCUUCUCAAUAAUCAGUCGCAGAAAUUGCAAAGAAAGCACCAAAUGGAGUACAUUCCCACCCCGCAAUCAUCAGAACCCACCGCCAACAAAAUACUAUGUUGCGACUGCGGCACCCCCAUAGCCCCCAACCCGUCCAACAUGUGCGUCAUGUGCUUACGCACCCGCGUCGACAUCACCGAAGGCAUCCCCAAGCAAAUCGUGCUCCAAUUCUGUAAAGGGUGUGAACGCUACUUUAACCCCCCAUCAGAAUGGGUCCACUGCGUUCUAGAAUCCAAGGAGUUGCUCACCCUAUGUUUGAAAAAGCUCAAAGGCUUGGGUAAAGUGAAGCUCGUUGACGCCGGUUUUGUGUGGACUGAGCCCCACUCGAAACGCAUCAAAGUGAAACUAACUGUGCAUGGAGAGGUGUUCGGGGGGGCUGUUUUGGAGCAGGUUUUCGUUGUGGAUUAUGUGGUGUCGCACCACAUGUGCGACGACUGCCACAGGAGCGAGGCGCAGUAUUUCUGGAGGGCGUUGGUGCAAGUUCGCCAGAAAGGGGAGAAUAAGAAGACGUUUUUUUAUUUGGAGCAGAUGAUUUUGAAGCAUAAGGCGCAUAGUGAUACAUUGGGGAUAAAACCCAUUCAUGAUGGUUUAGAUUUUUUCUACGCCACUGAAGCCCAUGCCCGCAAAAUGGUUGAUUUUCUCUCCGCGGUUCUUCCGUGUAAAUCCAGUCACUCAAAAAAAUUGAUCUCCCAUGAUAUUCACAGCAAUUUGUACAACUACAAGUUUACUUACUCUGUGGAGAUUCUCCCGGUGUCCAAAGACAGUUUGGUGUGUUUGCCGAAGAAGCUGACGCAACAACUCGGGGGGAUUUCGCCGUUGUGUUUAGUAUACAGGGUUACCAACUCGCUUCACUUGAUUGAUCCUUCCAGAGCACAAAUUGCUGAAAUUAAUAGCACUGUGUAUUGGCGCAACCCCUUUAACCCCAUUUGCAACCCCAAACAGUUGGUUGAAUACGUGGUUAUGGAUAUAGAGCCUAUUAUGGAUAAGGACCGGCGCACUUUUCCAGGACAAGGGGCUAUUUCAAAUAAGCACGUUUUGGCGGAUAUUUGGGUGGUCAGGGCUUCGGAGUUGGGGGUUAAUGAUAAUACUAUUCAUACUAGGACGCAUUUGGGGCACAUUUUGAAGCCUGGAGACUACGUUUUAGGCUAUAACUUAGAAGACAGCAACAUCAACGAUGCCAACUUUGAUAAACUGGAGAGAAACAACAUCCCAGACGUAGUUCUCGUGAAGAAAUACUACGACAAGAGCGAACGGAAGAAGCGAAGAAUGUGGAAACUGAAACAUCUGACAGAAGAAGCUAACGGCCUGAUCACAGACACCAGAGACUACAACGAGUUCUUAGACGACUUAGAAGAAGACCCAGACCUACGACAAAACAUCAACAUCUUCAAAGACAACAGCAAACAAAUCCCCGUUGACUCCACCGACGAAACCGACGAGACCAUUCCGAGAAUAACCUUGGCGGAAAUGCUCGACGACUUGGUCAUAGACGACGUCGAAAUGGCCGACGAAUAACAAAAACUGUUAUCAUGUUGUUAAAUAUAUAAUUAACCACGAAAAAUGUUAUCAUGUUAAAUACAUUUACAAUUAACUAUAAAAAGAUUGUUGUUUCGUGGUAAUAAAUAACAAAUAAAUGGUA